AUGUCUGAUCAGUUACCUCUGGCAAUCCUCACGGCAUCCAUCAAUGUUCCCCGUAUCACGUCUACGAAACGAGAGUCAACACUCAAUUACUACGGCCUCGCUAAUGCUUCAAUUGCUGCGGAGGCGACUAAUUUUCUUGCCCGCCUUACUGAUGGAGUAGAGCAGGAAAUGAAACACACUAUUGAGACGUUCUUACGCAUCACGCAAAACGAUUGUACAGGAAAUGCAGAAGAGAAAAGAGCCUGCUGGCUUACCAUCCGCCUUACAAAGCGCAGUACUGAAUUCGAAAUACCAAGAUGGCAUCAAGACGGUUGCAUGUAUCCGUACGACGAAGGACGUGAAGAAGUUGUGCGGAGCAAAUAUGGGCUCACAUUACUUGGACCGUCUACGCUCAUGCUAAAGUCAGAUGAAUCUGUGUAUACUACGCAGCGGGAAGGGGAAGCGCAACACUAUUGGUGGCUGGGGACUGCUGCACAUGAACCCUCGGAAGACGAGAUGGAUGAUGCAGAUGCCAAAUUGAGGGAGUGGCUGGCAAACAAAUUCAAACACACUCCUAGAGUCCAGGUUGGACAUGGCGAAGUGGUUCGCUUCAGCUGGGGGAGGGAUGAUAGUCCUGUCCACUCGGAGCCGGAUCUCAUUUCUGACAGGGUCUUCAUGACAGUUUUGUAUGGUAGUGAAUUGGAACUGAGGAGGAUGUGUGAGUGGAGAAAUACUCAGUAUGGAAGUUUCUGUGAACAAUAG